UCAGCACGGGAACCGCGUCGUCGAACCGAACCCUCUGCUCGGAGGAAUAUUCAGUAUUAUCAGUACUGGAACGCGAGUCAGACCUGUUAACUGUAAAGUAAGAUUUCUGAGUGUUUGCAGAUAGCAGAAGUGUUUUGUGUGUGUCCAGUGAAGAGACCGUUUCCCCUCUGCUAUAAUGAAGCACCAUUUUCACAUGAGGAGGCAUUGACACCGGCACAGCCCUGUCGCGCCCACAGCGCCCCCUCUCGGCCCGGGCGGCCCACCAUGCCCCGGCCAUGAAGGGCUACCAGGUGAGUCGUAGUCUGUCGCAACACUCAUCUGGUCCUUGCUACUGCAUGCCUGAGGAUUGUGAUGCUGCGAGGGACUACAUGCACCAUCCUGACCACUACCAUGGGAACAAUGACCACCCCUACUACUCGCCCGGCGGACCCCCCGAGCCCAUGACUAUGGCCCCUUCAGGGGGAGGAACCUUCCCCCGCUCACACCUCACUCACCAACAGCCCUAUGACUCCACAUGUGAGGAGUGUCUUUCUUCAGCAGGGCAUGGUCAUGGCCACGGCCAUGGGGGAAAGAUGCACCGCAUCCCACCAAACCUCCUGAACCAGUUUGAGAAACAGCUUCCCUUCCACCCUGAUGGCUUCCACACCUUGCAGUACCAACGUACAUCCAGCGGGGAGCAGCGCAGUGAAAGUCCAAGUCGCAUACGCCAUCUGGUGAACUCUGUGCAGCGUCUUUUUGCCAAAUCUCACUCGCUGGAGACGCCCUCUAAACGAGAGUUUAAUGGCACCCGUGGAGGAGAGUAUCGGGAAAGGGACAGGGGGCACCGUAGUGGAGGGGAGGAAGGGGGAGGACAUAAUUAUUCUGGAACACACCAGUCUCGCUCUGCCCGCCGCAACAAGAGCCGAGAACGAAGCAAGAGCGGAGACUCUCGCCACGAGUCACGAAGGACGCGCCACCGCAGCAAGACAGCUGGGUGGUGGAGCUCUGACGACAACCUGGACAGCGACAGCAGCUUUCUGGUGGGGACAGGCAGGGGAGGUCGGGGCUGUCCCUCCGGACAUGAAACCCUGGAUGCUGCUAUCCAGGAGCUGACUCUGAGGAAAGCUAAAGGGCCUCCUCCUGGAGAGUGCAUGGCUUGCACCAGCAUAGCUAUGGCAGGGGACAGUGGGCACUCUCUAAAGAGGAGCACAUGGUCAGCCAUGACAGUCAGUCAGGCUAGAGAAGUCUAUCCACCCUCCCGUGGAGGAGGAGGGGGAGGUGGGGGAUAUGAAAAGGCAUUGGUUCCCGUGGAUCCCAAAAUGAAGGAACGAUCAAUCCACUAUCUGCAGGUGCCUUCAGAUGACUGGUGUGGUAGUGGUCCAUCUGACAGUGGUGGAGAGAUUCCCUGCAGACGUAUGCGCAGUGGCAGUUACAUCAAGGAUGGGGAUGAUGACAGUGCCGACUCGGACACCAGCCCCAAAGUCUCACCCAAAUCAGCCCUCAUCGCCCAGAGAGAAGCCUUCCGUCGCUCCCUUAGCAUGGACCAGCGCUCCUCCACAUCCAAGUACUCCUGUAAACAAUGUACAGACGCCUACCCGAACAGCCGUACAACUCCAAAAGGUCAAAGCCGCUCGCGCAGCUACACACGUUCUCUGACCAGCUCUCAGCUGGGAGACACUCUGAAUCUGUUUGGAGAGAUGGAAUCACAGGCUGUCGAGGCACUAGAUCUACCCGGAUGCUUCCGUACCCGCAGUCACAGCUACGUGCGGGCCAUCCAAGCCGGUUGCUCCCAGGAUGAUGACUGUCUGUCUGUGUUCUCCAUGUCUGGCCCACAGGGGAGCAUGAAGGGCGAAGCAGUAUUUCCAUACAGGAAAGGCCCCCCUCCUCUGCCACCACGCAUGUCCAAGCCAACAAUCUCUGUGACUGCUCAGAGUAGCACUGAGUCCACUCAGGACACUUACUUCCAGAGCACAGGGCAGCCCACUCUGGUCCACCCCAGACAGCACAGCAACUCAGUGGACCUGACGGAGACCAGCGGGGGCCGUACCUCCAGAAGUGGUCACUACCUGGGUGGAGGCCCGGCGCGGGUCAGACAGAGCAGCAACUCUGCAGAGAGCUUAAAUGGCAGGGCCCUUCAGACAGUCAGCUUCAGUGGUGGACCUGUUCCAAUGAAACCAAAACACAGUAGCUCAGCUGAUAACCUGCUGGAGGGGCCAAGGGUAUCCAGAGAUCGGGCUGGAGGCAGCCUGGGUAAAUCUGCCUCCCUGCCACAAAACAGUAUGUCUUUGGCGAAAGCUCUGACUGGACGAGAGGACUUCAAACUGGAUGGAAGGGGCAGGAAAUGGAGACCCUCCAUAGCAGUGCAGGUGGACAGCUCAGAGACAUUGACCGACUCAGAUCCAGAAAGCAAAGCGCUGCGAGAGGUGCACUCCAUAGGAGUUCAAGUGGAGGAUGAGAAGCGACGAGCUCGUUUCAAACGCUCCAACAGCGUGACAGCAGGUGUCCAGGCUGAUCUUGAGACGGAGGGUUUCAGUGGGCUGACCGUCCCCACUCAGGACAAGGGUCUGCAGUUCGGCUGCUCAUUCCAGUGCCACUCAUCUGAACCAGAAUCAGCCAGCCAGUUUGCAGAGUACCGCACAGUGCACACACAAGGCCAGUGGGCCUACCGUGAGGAUUACCACGGUGGUUACACUACUGAGCCCGGUCCAGAAAUGAGGGCCCUGCCUUGCUCACACUCUCCCCUGCCUCUGGCACCCGAGCGGGGAAUGGGAGUCUGGAACGAGGGCCCACGGAGCCUACCGGAGUCAGGUAGAGCCUCGCCCUGCUUACGGGAUGGAGAAUUCUUCCUUCGUCUCCUACAGACAGAGGUGGAGAGGAUGGAGGGAUGGUGCCAGAACAUGGAGAGAGAAGCAGAGACAAACGAGCUGCCAGAAGAGGUGCUGGAGCUCAUCAGAGGAGCUGUUGGCAGUGCUCAGAUGCUCAUGUCACAGAGAGUACAGCAGUUCUACAUGAUGUGCCAACAUAGUGUUGAUCCCUCAUCAUACCCUCAGCCCACCAGUCAGGAUAUGGCAGGUUACUGGGACCUCCUUCAGCUCGCCAUCGAAGACAUUCGAGUGAAGUUUCAGGACCUCCAGCGGCUGAAGGACUCGGGCUGGAGGUUGCCCCCUGAGAAGAAGGAGGACAAAAAGGUUCCGCCUCCAUUACCAAAGAAGCCGGCUGGCGGUGUGACGGGCAGCCUGCGGGCCGACAGCACGACUGAGGCUGGGAUGGGCGGUGGUGGAGGCAUGCUGGUGGUUUCACGUGGGCGUAGCGUGCCCGAACGGGAGAAAUCGCUGGAUAUGGGUGAACGCCAGAAGCUGGAGAUGCGGCGUAGGCUACUCCAGACCAAACGCUCCGCUUCUUUCCGACAGAAUUCUGCCACAGAGAGUGCAGACAGCAUGGAGAUCUACAUCACAGAGGCUCAGACGAGACUCUGA